ACUAAUUUAAAAUACAAUUUUGACUAAUUAUUUGAUUACUUUUAGGUUUCGACAAAUUGACUUGGGUGAAAUUGACCGUUAAAGUGGAAAGAUACCGAGAGAAGUGUGACAAGGGGAAGUGGAGGACAAGAGUAUCUGGAAGACGAUCACCUUACUACCAUCAAACGAAUAUGUCACGACGUGGGAUAUUACGUGGAAAAGCUGCACUCCGACACCAACCAAUGGAGGAAUUCCAACCUCCUAGAAAUUUGUCGGAACCACCAUCGAUAUUGGACUUCCCAAUUCAUGACUCUGGUAAGAGAAGACCACUGAAUAUGACACAUCAACGUGCUGGAACUGACCUAGGGAAGGGAGAUGUUAAUGAAAUUUCGACAAUAGAUGUAGUAGAUCCAAUUUCAUUACCAAAGGCAGAGAGAGCUGAGACUAUUUUGCGGCGUAAAGAAAAUGAGAACUGGGCAGAGUUUGGGAGCAGACUUGCUGUCGAGGAACUGGACAGAUUCGUGAAGUCAUUAGACCCAAAAACUUCUGUGACCAUCGAAAAAUUAAAAGAACAUCAAUCCAUCGAAUUGAAUGCCAGAAAACAUGUUAUCACCAAAGAAGAUCUAGUUAGUCUAAAUGAUGAUGAUAUUGACGAGGCUCGCGCAAUAACUCCUCCUGGACCACCGACGAGAACCAUAACUGGAAAUCCUAAUUUGACGAUAGAAGCAGGGAAUUCUAGAGACACUCUCCUAACAGUGACGAGGGAAGCCUUACCCAGAAAGACCACCGGUGUAAUGUUCGAUGACAUUGAAUCGAUCCCCACCGAUCCAACAGUUGACCCUCCUCCAAGAGUCUGUCAAAAUUGUUGGAGGAAGGGUCACUAUCGAGCGAAGUGUCCAAAGGAGGUGACUGAGGCCAGUUGCGAAAACUGUGGUCGAAAGUUCGAAACAGUGGCUACUUGUCCACGUUGUGCUGCGGGUUACCGGAGAUUCCUACUUAGAGGAAAAAAGGGUAAUAAGAAAAACCUUCAAAUAACAAGGGGUGAAAGUAAGGUGGAAGAUAUAGAUAAUGUGCCAGAGAGGCAAAGUAGGGAAGGAAAUCCACUUCUGCCUCCAAUAUGGACAAGGGAAGUCAAUUUGGGAGUAAAUGUAGGAGGAUAUGGUAAUAAUUAUCGUACAUGGCAGAUUCCAAAAACGCCAUCUCCAGCUAUAUCGAGAAAUCCAUCGACUGAGUCAUUAUUUGACGAAAAUAUGACUGCAACACCAGUAAAAAUUCUUGAUAAUAACAUCGGUUCAGGAAAACUCCCGAUUUUUGAUGAAGGAGAUUCUAGUGAACCACCUGCCUAUAGUGAAGUUGAGCCGAGGAAGGAACAACCAUCUGACUUGAUUACCGCUAUCCGUGAGAUUACGAUGGUGAUGGAAGGAUUACCUGUAGAAACCAUCAACAUGGCUAUUCGACAAUUAAUUCGGGAAAGGGAGAAAAAAUUAGACAAGGAUUAAGCAAAGUAAGAAUAUCAAAAUUUUUUUUUGUACGAAAUGUGACUAAAGUUAAGCAGCACUACGAAAUUUUCUUUUGUUUAAUUUAAGAUGUAAUAAUUUGAUUUUGUUUCUUCAUAUUAUAUUCAGAUUACACGUCGACCUUUUUGUUGUAUGGAAGAAUGAUAUAUUUUUUUUGUUAUUAAUAGUAAUUUGAACUAUGAAUACUAGUUUCUUUUUUUUUGUUGUUAUGAAGAUUUUUAGUUUCUUUCUUUUUUUUUGUAAUUGGAUCUACAGAUGGUAGUUCAAUUCCUAAUGGGGAAGUGUUGUGACGAAGUAGUUUCGUCAAAGUUAUUUUUCUUUUAAAGUUUUAUUAUUUCUUUACGUAUUUAAAUUUAUCAUUUUCGCGCGUAUUUUUGACUACGGUGUAUGGGAGAUGAAAACUCCCCUUUAUACUAGCCGGCGCGCUUUGAAAAUCUAGCAGACGACAAGAACACGUUUGAGUUGUUGAGAGAGUUGAAAAUAAGUAGUUAAGAGAGAAAAGAGUGUUUUAUCGAAAUAUGAAGAUUUUGUAAAUGGACAAGGGAAGCGAGGGUGAAUAAGGAUUUUGUAAGGAUAUUACUGUUUGGACGAGUAAUAAAGAAGAGUUGUAAAAAGGAAAUAUAAUUGUGGAGUUCUUGACUUUAUUUAUCUUUAUUAAACUUGACGAGAAACCUUCUCUUGGAAUAAAUAAAAUGAAUAUUCCAAUCUUGGGUUCCAUCUCGGAAGCAAUGGACUACAUUUCUGUCGCAUUUAAAUUACUACUAUUAUUAUUAGCAAUAAUAGUCAUUAAAAAUCUGUAUGUUUGUUAUAAAGUAAUACCUAUGCGAAGACGUCGAUCAAACAACCCAUCCCAUAUUUAAUCAACCAUUGAGGACAAUGAUCGUUUUAAGGAGGGAGGACUGUCAACAAAAAAUUUCAAAUCUAAGUAAAUGUUAUGUCCUUCGCUACAAUAAUAUCAAAACACUAUGUUAACGGAGCCUAAUGUUACCAUUAUUCUUGACGUCAACCGUGUAUCGACCGCAACUAUCGAUUUUUCAUAGAGAUCACGCGACAUGUUUAUGCUCUAUCUCUCUCCGCCUUGCGUAGCAACGACUUGCGUCUCUAAGUGCGUGCCGUCCAUACUGUGAAUCGACCACAGCAGCGAUCUUAGCUUAAUGUGAGACACCAUGCGACGAGUAUGUUCUGUCUCGCUCCCUGCCUAUAGCAGCGACGAUUAUUCUACUGUACGCGCCGUCUUUAAAAACCUCUCAACACAAGUAUCAAAUGAAAAUUAUACUCGCCAUUAUCCUAAUAUAUUCAGAAAUCUUUUAUUAUGACUCAAUCACUAUGUUAAAAUAAACAUUUCCUUUCAAUAAAUUAUAAUUCUGUAGAUUGAUGCUUUAUUAAAGGUGAUUACUAAAUACUAAAGGUGAGGUAUAUAAA